AUGGCUGAAAUUACACAUGAUCUCGUGAAUCUUUUCAUAAUUUUAAUUUCAUUCUGCAGGAAGAACAGCGAGAAUCCAACUUUUGCAGCCAACACAUUCAAAGACUUCGGAGGCAUCUUAGUUACUGUUGAGUACCUACAAGAAGGCGGCAUACCUGUACCAAUCCUUACUAAGAUUGCGAGCGAGGGAUAUUCUACCGCAAACUGCUUCUGUCCGGACAACUAUGUUCCCUAUAAUAACAGCAGACCGGAGUACGGUUGCUACAGAGCAGCGAGAAUGCCAGCAGAGCGGAGCGGAGCUGAAAGGAGCUGCGGUCUCGAACAUAAUGGGAAACUUGCAAAAGUUGAGAAUUACGAGAAAGCCAAGUUUUUGAUGACCAUGAAAACUGCACUGAAGAGCGAAGCUUUGAUUGGUCUGAAACGUUGUUGCGGUGGACAUUAUCACUGGCCCGAUAAUACCAUGGUAAGACAUCUUUUUUUGAAAAGGCAGAAAGGCAGAAAUGCUUACGAUACCGUACUCGUUCAAAGUACGGCAUGUAUAAUAGCUCUAAUUGUAAGUAAAAAACGCCGUAAUCAGUUGCGGCAGGGAAUCAUCGAAAAAUCCCUGCGAGCCCAAAGAAAUGUUUAA